UUUCAACCCCCUUUGCCUCGUUCUGUCACUGUCGCCGUCGUGCUAGAUCCCUUUUGUCCCAACGUUGCCUACCUCUUGAACAGACAUGGUUGUCCUCGCAGCGUCGAUAUGCACCCGCGGGGGCAAAGCUGUGCUUUCGCGUCAAUUCCGCGAAAUCGCCCGCUCGAGAAUCGAAGCCCUCCUCGCGUCCUUCCCUAAACUCGCCGAUGCCGGUACUCAGCACACGACCGUGGAGCAAGACAAUGUCCGUUUCGUUUACCAGCCCCUCGAUGAGCUCUACAUCGUCUUGAUCACCAACCGCCAAUCGAACAUCCUCCAAGACAUCGAUAGCUUACACCUUUUCGCCCAAGUGACCACCAGCAUCUGUAAGAGUCUGGAUGAGCGGGAGAUCUUGCGCAAUGCAUUCGAGCUGCUCAGUGCCUUUGACGAACUGGUGACGCUUGGCUACCGGGAGAACUUGUCCCUUUCCCAGAUCAAGACAUUCUUGGAGAUGGAGAGUCAUGAGGAGAGGAUCCAGGAGAUUAUCGAGAGGAACAAGGAACUCGAAGCCAGCGAGGAGCGCAAGCGCAAGGCAAAGCAACUGGAGAUGCAAAGAAAGGAGGCCGCCCGCACUGGCCAUACAUACGAUACCUAUGAGGCGGAGAAGAAGAAGUCGUUUGCUAAGCCAUUGGUUACACGGGGCAAGGGCAUGCAGCUGGGCAAGAAGUCCAAGGCUACGGAUAUAUACGAGAAGGUCCGGGGUGAUUUCGGGCCCGAGGUCGAGGAAUCGAGCCCCUUAGUCACUCCGCAGGUGUCCACACCCGUUGGGGACAAUGCCUCGUCCGCUCGCGCAUCCCUGUCGGCCGACAGGGACCCCAUCCACGUUACUAUCGCCGAAACGCUGUCCGCCACACUAACCCGUGAGGGUGCGCUGAAAUCCUUUGAAGUCAAGGGUGAUCUCCAACUUCGCAUUUCCGAUCCGUCGCUCACCAAGCUCAAACUUGACCUGCUGGCCAAUCCGACCCACGGAGCUCAGUUCCGCACCCACCCGAAUGUCGACAAGGCCGUCUUUACCAACUCGUCCGAAAUCCAAUUGAAGGACAUGUCGAAGCGCUUCCCGGCAAAUAACGCAAUUGGUGUUCUGCGCUGGCGGGUAGCCGGCGGCGGGGAUAAUGCCGACAUUCUCCCUAUCACUUUCACUGUCUGGGUGAACAAGGGUUCUGACUCGACCACGGUGACGAUCGAGUACGAACUCACCGGUUCGGACACCUUGCGCGAUGUUAUCGUUACCAUCCCGUACGGUGCGACAGAGCCAGCCGUGUCUAGCUUUGACGCGGUCUACGAGGUAUCGGGCGAUAGCCUGGACUGGAACGUCGGAACCGUAGAUGAGAGCAAUGCCUCGGGUAGCUUCGAGUUCGAAGCUGCUGGCGACGGCGACGAGAACGAUUUCUUCCCCAUGAACGUCCGCUUCUCCAAGGCCACCCCCUUCGUCGAGGUGGAUGUCAACAACGUUUAUCUGCUGGAGCAGGAGGGCGAGAGCGCCGAAUUUGCUAAAGAAGUGAGAACAGUCGCGGAGAACUUUGUCAUUGAGUAAUUCCUGUUCAGUUUGUAUAGAGUAAUAAUGAUGUUCGGACCGGCUCUGAGGCUCGCGGCGAGUUUCCUUUCUUUUCUCUUGUUCUCUUUUUGGCUUCCCUUUGCGAAAGGGGCUUAUUAUCCUGUUCUUAUUGCGCCAAUGCAGAUUUUAUCCGUUUUAAUGGUCCUUACAUUGCUUUCUCCCUGUAAUUGUGAAAUUGCUGCGAGCUUACUACAUACAAACGCUAUGUUGCACUUGGCCCAGGAACUGAUAUCG